GGUUCUGUAGCCUGUGUGGUAGGUCGGUCAUAGGAAGGCAGCAGGACAGAAGACAGAAUGCAGACCAUAAAGUGUGUAGUGGUUGGGGACGGUGCCGUGGGUAAAACAUGCCUCCUCAUCUCCUACACCACCAACGCUUUCCCCGAGGAGUACAUCCCCACCGUGUUCGACAACUACAGCGCCCAGGUACACCUGUGUUUUCCCCUGUCUGCCUGUGUGGUACACCUGUGUUUUCCCCUGUCUGCCUGUGUGGUACACCUGUGUUUUCCCCUGUCUGCCUGUGUGGUACACCUGUGUUUUCCCCUGUCUGCCUGUGUGGUACACCUGUGUUUUCCCCUGUCUGCCUGUGUGGUACACCUGUGUUUUCCCCUGUCUGCCUGUGUGGUACACCUGUGUUUUCCCCUGUCUGCCUGUGUGGUACACCUGUGUUUUCCCCUGUCUGCCUGUGUGGUACACCUGUGUUUUACAUCUCUCUCUGUGUGUGUGUUUUACAUCUCUCUGUGUUUUACAUCUCUGUGUGUGUGUGUUUUACAUCUGUGUGUGUUGCAGAUGACUGUAGACGGCCGCAGCAUCAGCCUCAACCUGUGGGACACAGCCGGACAAGAGGAGUACGACCGCCUCCGCACUCUCUCCUACCCCCAGACCAACGUCUUCGUCAUCUGUUUCUCCAUCGGGAGUCCUUCAUCCCACGCCAACGUCCGCCACAAGUGGCACCCGGAGGUGUCUCACCACUGCCCCAGCGUGCCCAUCCUCCUAGUGGGGACCAAGAGGGACCUGAGGGGGGAUGGGGAGACGGUGAAGAAGCUGAAGGAGCAGGGUUUAGCGCCCACCACACAGCAACAGGGGAACAGCAUGGCUAAGCAGAUAGGAGCGGUGAAGUACAUGGAGUGUUCUGCUCUGACGCAGGAAGGGGUCAGGGAAGUGUUCGCCGAGGCAGUACGGGCCGUGUUGUAUCCCGUUACCAAAAAGAAUGCCAAGAAGUGUGUACUGUUGUAAUGAAAUGGGUGGGUGACUGGGAAUUCGGGAGGAGGGGACUAAGGGAGUGACAUGAAUGGAGAGCGAGAGAGUGAGGGGGAAAAGGAGGGAGAGAGACAAUGACGGGGAGCAAGGUUGAGUUUGUUGCUGGAGAUGGACUCAGGCCUCUCGGCCUCUCAGCCCCCAGGCCC